CUCGUUUUCCUCGUAAUCGACAGAGCCACAAUAACCACAGCAUCUCUGUUUUCUACUCAUUUCCAUCAAUGGCUGCUGCAGCUAUACCUUCGUCAGUGAUCAAAGUCGCUGCUCUCUGCGGUUCUCUCCGCAAAGGUUCCUACAAUCGCGGCCUCCUAAAUGCCGCGAUCGAUCAAUCAAAGACAAUCAAAGGUUUGGAGGUAGAGUAUGUGGAUAUAUCAGCAUUACCAUUGUUGAACACGGAUCUCGAGGUGAAUGGAACGUAUCCGCCUGCUGUGGAGGUUUUCAGGGAGAAGAUUGCUGCUGCUGAUAGUCUACUCUUUGCUUCACCUGAGUACAACUACUCUGUCACUGCACCUCUGAAAAAUGCGAUUGACUGGGCAUCUCGUCCCCCAAAUGUGUUGGCUGAUAAAACUGCUGCAAUUGUGAGCGCGGGGGGAGGUUUUGGUGGAGGGCUAUCUCAAUAUCAUCUCCGUCAGAUAUGCAUUUACGUUGAUGUUCACUUCAUCAACAAACCCGAGUUCUCCCUGAAUGUGUUUGCGCCUCCUGCUAAGUUUGAUAGCGAUGGCAACUUGCACGAUGAUGCAACCAAGGAAAGGCUGAAAGCGGUUCUCUUAUCCUUGUAUGCGUUCACUCUCCGUCUUCAAUGUAAGUCUGCGUAAUCCCUCACUGGACAUCUGGUGCUAGCAUAGCACCUUAAGAUAUUUGCACGAUUUGUGUUGUUUUCAUUUCGCCUUUAAUGUCAUUCAAUGAUUCAAGUAUUGUCUAAGUUAUUGCUAUUCCUCAAUUGCAACAUUGAAUGUGGAACAUUGUUGUGUGUCAUUGUUUGUGAGAGUUCAGGAAAUUUUUUAGUAGUAAUUGAUCACUCUGAUGUUGUAACAGUAUGUAGUGUUUCAGAUCGUGACACUUGACUGCAAAUUUGGUAAUUUUGAUUCUUUCUAUCGAA